UUUGUUUGAGCAAAUCAGUGAAGGAAAUAAGGGGGAUGGAGAAUUCAAACCUCAAGCAUAUCAUGCUAUUGCUGAUAACCUAAGGAACCAAUUGGGUUUAUUGGCUACCACCGAACAUGUAAAGAAUCAAAUCAAAGUAUGGAAGAAACAUCAUUCAGUUAUCAUAGAUAUUCGCACUUACACCAAGUGUAAGUGGGAUGAUGAUAAGAAGAUGCUUAUUAUCCCAAUUGAAGACCACGAGGAAUAAAGUGCCUAUUGUAAGGUCAAUCCCGUGGCGUCUGCUUAUAGAAAUAAGAAUAUCGAUCAUUGGGAUGCAAUAUGCACACUAUUUGCCAUGGAUAGAGCUACGGGUCAAGAAGCUGAGCAACAUAAAGAAUCUGUGGCAGCUAUGGAGAAAGAAAAUGAAACUUGCAGUGCAUCUGAGGCAAACUCUGCAUCAUCUAACAAGAGGUCAAAGAAAGAUUCUAUCGUGGAUGUUAUUUCUAGAUUUACAGAGUCGUUUGAAAACUAUCUACAAUCAAACAAACUUCCACCUAAGCCCGAUUCCAAAGAGGUUUAUGAUGUUGUUUCAAAGGUUGCCGGACUAGAUCGAC